CCAAGAGCUCCCCCCUCCCUCCCACUAGGCUCCUAUUUCACUAGCUCCCAGUGACAGCUGGUAGGGAGCCUGAGCUCCCCAUCUCCUCAGCAUACUACACACACAUACACACACUCUCUCUCCCUCCUCUCUCCGUCUCUCUCUCUCACUUUGUCUCUGUCUCUCUCUCUCUCCCUCUAGGUCCUGGAGAGUUUCAUCUCACCCUGGGAUUGGGGGUGGAGUGGGGUGGGGGAGAAGCCGGGCCGAGGCCGCCAGAACGGUCCAGAGGGGGGAGCAUCCUAGCUUAGCCCCCGGGACUCCCAGAGACUCCCUUUGGCCCUGGGCCUCAGUUUCCCCAACUGUAAGCCCGAAAGAACUCCCUUGGCCGUUUCUACAGAGAUCAGUUAGUGUCUGUGAAGGUGUGGGAGGGAGCCUAGUACUCGGAGAGCUGGGCGAUGCCGUCGUCCCCAGGGCAGGGAGAUCUGGGAAGCCCUCUGAAAGCCGAACUCCCCUGCCCUCGAACUCCCCUACCCUCGGACGGCAGCAAUGGCCCCGGGCGCAGGGGUCAGCCAGAGAUGGCCCCACAAAUUGAGCCAGGGGACAGGCCUCAUGAUGCCCAGGAACAGACAGCCCCUCCAGGGGGAGAAGGGCCCCCAGGUGCAUACUCAGGGACCCUUAUUCCCAAACCUGAAGAUGUUUUCCAAAAUGAACAAGGGGAAGAACAAAGCACUGCAGAACUAGAAGGUGGACUCCAAAAAACAGAGCCUGAGGGCUCCUGCCCAGAAGACUGGAUGAUCCGAAAGGUGAAGGUGGAGGAUGAGGACCCGGGAGAGGAAGAGGAGGUUGCAUGGCCCCAACACCUCCCCCAGUUACUUCCAAGCGGUCCCUUCCUGCCCGCCGAUCUCGGACCUCUGGCGGCCGUGGCCACGGCCUGUAAACUGGAGCCUGGCGCCCCGGGGCCUCUGAGCGGGCUGGCUCUGGCAUCCUGGCCCCAGGUCCUGGAGAAACCCUAUGGCUGCGGCGAGUGCGAGCGGCGUUUCCGGGACCAGCUGACCCUUCGGCUGCACCAGAGGCUGCACCGGGGCGAGGGUCCGUGUGCCUGCCCAGACUGCGGCCGCAGCUUCUCGCAACGCACCCACCUGCUGGCCCACCUGCGCAGCCACCGGGGCGAGCGUCCCUUUCCGUGCCCGGAGUGCGGGAAGCGCUUUAGCAAGAAGGCCCACCUGACCCGCCAUCUCCGCACGCAUACCGGGGAGAGGCCCUACCCGUGCGAGGAAUGCGGGAAGCGCUUCAGCCAGAAGAUCCACCUGGGCUCCCACCAGAAAACGCACACCGGAGAGAGGCCCUUCCCCUGCGCCGAGUGUGAAAAGCGUUUUCGCAAGAAAACGCACCUGAUCCGUCACCAGCGCAUCCACACGGGUGAGCGACCGUACCAGUGCACCGAAUGCGGCCGCAGUUUCACGCACAAGCAGCACCUGGUGCGCCACCGGCGCGUGCAUGCGGCGGGCCCUGCCCCGCCGCCACCCCCGCAGCCGCCGAGCGCGGAUCCCCUGGGCCAGGACGCGUCCGCAGACCCUUCGGGACCCAAGGCCUUCGCCUGCGCAGACUGCGGAAAGGACUUCGGCUGGAAGAAGAACCUGGCCUCGCACCAGCGGGUACACCGCGGGAGCCGGCCCUUCGGGUUCUCCGAGCGCGCGCGGGGCCAGGGGGAGCGGCGCCCGGCCGGAGCUGCCGCGGCGGCCCACACAGCCGUCAAGGCCUUUGCGUGCACUCACUGCGGGAAAAGCUUCAGCCAGCGUCCGGGGCUGGUGGCGCACCAGCGGACCCACGCCGGCGAGCGGCCCUUCCGCUGUCCAGACUGCGGGCGCGGCUUCUCCCACGGGCAGCACCUGACAAGGCACCGGCGCGUGCACACGGGCGAACGUCCCUUUGCCUGCACCCAGUGCGGCCGUCGCUUCGGCUCCCGGCCCAAUCUCGCCGCUCACACCAAGGUGCACAGCGGAGCCCGGCCCUUUGCCUGCGCCCAGUGUGGUCGGGGCUUUAGCCGCAAGUCACAUCUGGGCCGCCAUCAGGCAGUACACACUGGGAGCCGCCCCCACGCCUGCACCGUCUGCUCUCGCUGCUUCAGUUCUAAGACCAAUCUGAUCCGCCAUCAGGCGGUCCACACCGGCUCCCGCCCCUUCCCCUGCUCGCAGUGCGGCAAGAGCUUCAGCCGCAAGACCCAUCUGGCCCGGCACCAGCGCACCCACGGCGAAAUCGCUCAUCUGGACCCCAGCCUGUCAAGCCCAACCUGGCCUGUUCCCACAGUGCCUGCCGCAACCCCACUUUUCCUCUAAAUGGAAUAGAGCCCGAUCCCUCCCUAUCCAGGUCUCUGUCCAGCUCCUCAGCACCCUCUUUCACCUAACUGCUGGUCAGAUCCCUUGUGGUUUUUACCUCCAUUUCCCUUCACUGUGACUGCUCUCCUUUGCUGUUGCUCAUCGGCUCCUGUGCUGGCUCCCUCCUUCGCACUCUUUGCCCUUCGCUUUUUCUCUAUUUCAUCUGUGUUCUCCCAGUCAGCCUCCUGCAGGUGUCCUUCACCCCCACCACUCUCCUCCCUUCUCUCCCGAGCUGCCAGAUGCUGGAAAGCUUGGAGAACACCCCUGUCUGAGUGAGGAUGACCGAGAGAGACCCUCUGUCAGAUUCAGGUCUGCAUCUGUAAAGUGAGGGGGUUAGACUGAAUGAACUUUAAGGUUCCUUCAAUAUGGAGCUUUGGGUGUUGGGGGAUAGAAGUGAGGUAACUGACCAAAGGAAAAUAGAGGGCCAGACUGAAACACAUGGGAAGACUGGUAAGGAAUGACUCCCUUCUAGUUGCUCUUCCAUGCCUUCUUCACCAUCCUUCAAAGCUGUAGGACUCUCUACUCCUCCUCAAAUGAUGGCUGUUCCAAGAAGAGGGGAGAAUAGUCACCUGUGUAUUUGAUGUGUUAUUAAAGAGAAAAUCUGAAAGCAUGAAGGCUGUGAGAUUGGUGGGCACUGGGGCUUUCUUGUCUAGUCAAAGAUUAAGGGAAGUUGAGCCUUAUUGAUAGCUAGCUUCCUUGGGUUUCUCCUAACCACCUCUGUGAGACUUCAAGUUCUCAGAUGAUAAUAUUUUUCUCACCAAACACUAAGAGUCAAACAGUAGGACAGUCCCCUCAAUUAACACAGCAUUUACUCUAUUCAUCUGCAUCUCAGCAGAAAGCAAGAACACCCCAGCCCCUAGCAAAACCAUAUAAUUUUGAAAUCUGCUCAUUUACUAAGCUUGAGUAGUAGCCCCUGCCUCUUAGCUGAAGAGUUGGCCAGCUUUUCUUCCCACUUCUUUUAGCAGAUGGUAAAGUUUAAAAGCUGGGGAAUGCAAAGGGAGGGUCUCUAUGACUCUAGGAGGCCCUUUCAUCGUUAACUGUGGUAGCAUCAACUAGUUAUCUGAGUUUUGUGCCUUGGGUCUCUAUGCCCCCUCCUAGAACUCUUCCAAGGUCUCUCCCCUCCCAACUUCUGACCCAUUUUGCCACCUCCAACUCUAGCUCAGCACAGAGGACCAAGGAGGUAUAAGGACGAAGGAAGAAAUCUGCUGUUUCCAGACCAAAUGUCCUAAACUCUUGCUCCUCCUAGAUGAGUGGUGAGUCUCUGCUUCUCAGGCAGAGAACAGGUUUUGGAACUAACUGGGACUAAAGAGAGCAGAACAGAUAAUUUUAAUAGGGUAUGUGGACAAAAGCCCAGAAGAAUUUAGAUACAAAUGAAGGCUUUCACCUUAAAGUGGACUCCAAAGGGAGUUAGACAUUAAUUUCAAGGAUGGGGUCAUUGAUCAAAACAGCUUUGAAACUCUUAGAGUUACUUCAGAGUAUGGGAUGGAGUGGAGUGUGUGAGAAAAAGAAAGAGAUCUAGAAUGUGCAAUGACCUUAGAGAGAAUCCCUCAUUUUGUAGAUGAAAUUGAAUUACUUGUCCCAGGUCAAACAGAUCAGAGGCAAGAUUUGAACUUAGGUCUUCCAGAGCCAGUGCUCUUGCCCCUGCCUCCUAUAUAAUCUCAGUGUUUGGAAAUCUUCAGUCUUUGAGGAUCGAGUUGGUGUAUUUCUAUCUUUAAACAACCAAAAAAAAAAUCUUUUGGAGCCACAUCUGAUGAAUAAAGUAAAUGAUAGAAUUAGCUAAUUUGGUUUUUGGUUGGGGGGCGGGGGGUUGUUUGUUUGUUUGGGGUUUGGUUUGGUAUCAACAAGAUAUAACCAUAAAGUAAAGAUACAGUUUUUUCUCCUGUGGCUCCUAAAUUGGUAACGGAAAACAGUUCUACAGAAACAAAUUUUUAACUCAAAGGGGAGGCAAGUGUUGCUGGCAUAGGAGUGUAACCUCUCAAGGUAACAACCUCAAUACUCAAAUGUGCAUUUAUAAAUUCUGGUAUCUUUGUUAUUAAAAAAAAAAAAAAAAAGCAUGCCCAGUAUAAGGGAGAGAAGAAGCCUUGGUAUCAGGGUCACCAUCUCUGCUACUCAGCAGUUGUGGAGUCAUGGGCAAAUCACUUUCUCUCUCAACCUAGGGCAAUUCUCAAAGCCACAGGUAUAGUGGUCAGUGCUUGGCUUGGAAUUGGAAAGAUCUGAGUUCAAAUCCUAUCCUCAAACCCGUAAUAGUGUAUAUUCUUGAGAAAAUCACUUAAUAUCUGGGCACCUGCUCCAUCUUCUGUAAAAUGAGGAAGACGGACUCCUUCUCCUGUAUGGUCUCUUCUGGCCCUAAUUCUGUGAUGGUGUAAGAACUGUUAUGCAGAGUUUCUAUCCUCAAGAAGCCUACAACAUGGGUGAAGAGACCAGACUAGCACACAGCUAGCAAUCAGAAUAGAUGAUCCAACAUAAUAUUUAUGUAUAAUAUGUUUUUAAAAUGUAUUGGGAAGUUAGAAAAGGGGGGAGUUGGUGAGAUCAAUGAAGACAUGAUGAAUGAGGAAAGCCUUGAGUGGGGCUUUUGGAAGGGUAAUAUAGGGAUAGAGAAUGAUUUAAAUCUCUCCUGCCUCUGGCUACUCCAUCAGACGCUUCAUUUCUUCAUUCCUCAGCUACUACUUGAUUUAUCUUUGUCUUUAGGUUUAUUCUCUUAUAAUCAUGCACCCUAGUCUUUUCUAAUAGUGCUGCCAAACUCUGUUUGCAAGUCUCCUUCACAUAGACAGGAAAUCUUGCAAACAAAUUAAAGUCCUUUUCCAUCCAGAUUUAUGCUGUGAUGUCAUCUUAUAAGCCCAGUCAUCACUAAAUUAUCAUUUUUGUCAAGAAUAUGAAAAGUAUAUUAUACUCAAUUCCAAACCCUCUCACAAAUUCAGUGAUGAUUCAGUUACUGCUUUCAACUCUGAAGAGAGGUUCCAUGACUAUGUUAACUUCUUUUCUCAUCAAUUUAAAUAGCUUAGGAAGUGUGGAACAGUGGGCAGAAUGCUAGAGUUGGAGUCAAGGGACAUGAAUCUCUUGGCCUCUGUUUUUUAUCUAUAAAAUGAGGGGGUUAGGGACAAGAUGGCUCCCAGAGUCCCUUCAAAUUCUCUAUGAUCUUUCCAUUUUCCCUGAUUCUAAAGCUGCUCAAUCCUGAAUCAAAGGUGAAUGAAAAAAUAAAUGUCCAAAUGUCAAUAGUAGGGAGAACUUUUGCAGUACCCCACUGCUUGGAUUUAUGGGACUUGUCCAUAACAUGGCAUCUGGUCUGUUGCUCAUAAAAAUUUAAUUCGGUUCUAACCCCUCCAACACUUUGAAACUUGAACCACUCCCAACUUUCCCUGAGCCCAAGUAUUUUCCCUCCCCCAAGUUCUUGGAAGUCAAUGUAUAUUCAACUCCACAGCUCCUCCCAGGGCAAACCACCCACCCCUAUUGUGGAGAAAACAGUUGGAGAGAGUUAAAGAAUAUUUCUCCCACUUUCUCCCAGAGACAAAGCCCCAGAAGUAGGCAGCAAGGUCACCAUAAGUUGUCCACUUGAAAAUCCUGUUUCUAUGAUAGAAACAGCCUAUGGUAAUAAACUAAGAUAUGGUGAGCUAACCAGAAGGAAACAAAAUUCCUAGAAUCACAGACUGCUGAAUAAAACGGGGACUCUUGCUCAUUUUGUGCCACAAAUCAAGAGUUUCAGCUGGCCAAGGGAUUGAUGAAUCAGGAUCUAUAUCUUGUUUCACUUGGAGGAAGAAUGAGAGAAUGGUUAUUUGAUAAGUUUGUAUGAAGGUCUUAGACAAAUGAAAAACCAAUAGCAAACAAUAGGGGAUGUUUUGGUGUCUUGUUUUCUCCACUCCAGCACUAGACAAUGAGAGCUCAUGCUCAGAGUGUUCCUAAUCCCACAAGAUUUCUGCAAUAUUCCUAAACAAAAAAGGCAAAAUCAGAAGAGUUUGCUAGAUUCUAAAGACUAAAACCAGAAAAGAAGGUUCAAUUAAAAUGUCUGUCACUUAAGGAAUUUUUACAAAGCACCUAGUACAUAUUCAUCCCUGAAUAGGCCUCUAGAGGAUACAGCAACUGACAUCUACAUAGCACCUUUUUAAAUUUUUUUUUCAAUUAGCACAAUUCUAUUUUCUCUCUCCCAUUGAAGGAAAAGAGAAACCAAACUUAUGAUAAAAUGCAUUUAAAUAGCACUUUCAAGUUUGGGAAACAUUGUACAUGUAUUUUAUUUGGUCCAUAUUAUUAUAUUCAUACACUAUACAUAUUAUCUUAUUUGUAAUUUUCAUCCUCAGUUAACUUACAGUCCAGUUUGGGAGAUAUGGGAAACAAAUGGAGUAUUUUCCUUUAGUGUCUAUGUUUCUGUUGAGAGGCAACAUGAUAGAGAGCAUGGAAGGUUGGCCUUGAGUCAGAAAGAUCUGGGUGAAUCUUUGAUACAUACUAGCUAAGCAACCAAAGGCAAAUUACUUAACCUCUCCUUGACCCAGAUAAUUCUAGAAAAAUGUUUCAUAGCCGAGACUGUCGGUACCGGUGAACAGAGUUUCCUGACUGGGAGCUCCUUAUAUUAAUGAAAUUGUAGACUCAGAUCUAAAAACAAUGUAUCUUUUUCUAGUCUAAGCAAUGAGGGGAUAAAAAAAAAAAAAAAAAAAAA